CUUCAACUCGUAUUAUAUAUACACACACUUUCACAAACCUAUUAUUAUUAUUAAUAAUAUCACAAGAAGCUAUAGCUUGUACAAUGUCUUUCUUGAACUCUUAUGGCAAAGUUGAGGAAUCCGACCAAGCCAUGUUCGAAGUUCGCCGCAAGACACGAAAGCGAAUCACCAUCAUAGCGUUGUCCACAGUAGUCCUCGUUGGUGUCGUGUGCGGUGCUGUGUUUGGAACCGUUGCUCACAACAACAACAACAAUGCACAUGACAACAACAACAACAACGACUCAAACGAUGGAACCAGUGCUCCUUUUCUUUCGAACUCGGUGAAGGCUGUUUGUGACGUGACACUUUACACGGACGCGUGUUAUAGCAGCCUCGGUCCUCUGGUGCACGAGGGUCAGGUUCGACCUGAGAAGCUGUUCUUGUUAUCUGUUGAAGUGGCAUUGGCUGAGGCUUCGAGGGUUGUUAAGUAUUUCUCUGAUGAUGAUCAUGAGAAGGGGUUUUUGAGUGGGUUGAAUGUUGAUAACAGGACCAAGGAGGGUUUUAGAAACUGCGUGGAUCUUUUGGGUCUUGCGGUUGAUCAUCUGAAUGGCUCCUUGGCUUCUGGGGGGAAGUCUUCAUUGCUUGAUGUGAUUGAGGAUCUUAGAACAUGGUUGAGUGCUGCAGGUACUUACCAUCAAACCUGCAUUGAUGGCUUUGAAAAGGCAGAAGAAUCACUGAAAAGCAGUGUCAUAAGCAAUCUAAAAAAUUCUACAGAGUUCACCAGUAACAGUCUUGCCAUCGUUACAUGGCUUAACAAGGUUGCAAGCAGUGUGAACUUGAGGCGCUUGUUGAGUACUUCACCACAUAAGAUGGAAGAACCAAAGUGGCUUCAUUCUAAAGACCGGAAGCUGCUUCAAACAAACGAUUUGAAGAGGAAAGCUGACAUUGUUGUAGCAAAAGAUGGAAGUGGAAAAUUUAAGACAAUUACUGAAGCACUUAAACAUGUCCCUGAGAAAAGUGACAAGAGGACAGUGAUCUAUGUGAAGAAGGGGGUUUAUAAUGAAAAUGUGAGGGUGGAGAAGACCAAAUGGAAUGUCAUGAUCGUUGGUGAUGGUAUGAGCGCCACUAUUGUAUCCGGAAGCCUUAACUUUGUGGAUGGCACCCCAACAUUUUCAACUGCAACAUUCGCUGUUUUUGGGAGGAAUUUCAUUGCUAGGGACAUGGGAUUUCGGAAUACAGCUGGUCCACAGAAGCACCAAGCAGUGGCACUGAUGACAAGUGCUGAUCAAGCAAUUUACUACAGGUGUCACAUUGAUGCAUUUCAGGACACUCUCUAUGCUCUUUCCAACCGCCAAUUCUACAGAGAAUGCGAUAUUUAUGGCACAGUUGAUUUCAUUUUUGGCAACUCAGCAGUUGUUCUCCAAAACUGCAACAUUUUUCCAAGGUUGCCUAUGCAGGGUCAGCAGAACACCAUAACAGCACAGGGCAAAACUGACCCCAACAUGAACACCGGAAUUUCAAUUCAAAAUUGUAACAUUGCACCCUUUGGGAACCUAAGUUCUGUUAAAACAUACCUUGGAAGACCCUGGAAGAAUUACUCAACCACAGUGUUUAUGCAAUCCACAUUGGGCAGUUUCAUUCACCCAAAUGGAUGGUUACCUUGGGUAGGGGACUCAGCACCAGAUACCAUAUUUUAUGCAGAAUUUCAGAAUGUUGGACCAGGUUCUUCAACAAAGAAUAGGGUGAAGUGGAAGGGUGUGAAAACCAUUUCAACUAAACAGGCUAGCGCGUUUACUGUCAAGGCUUUUCUUUCAGGGGACAGAUGGAUUCCAGCUUCGGGUGCCCCCUUUAAAUCUUCUAUGUGAUAAUACACAUACAACACAACAUAUGAUUCAAACCUUCUUUUGUCAAAUGUGUCUGUUAUAUUUUCUAAUUUUCCCAUUAUCUUUUGGCCUUUUAUUAUAUUAAUUGAUUUUAUUUGAGGCAUCUUUUGAAGAUCUUUGAACCUACUAGAGGCAUUAUACAUACCACUUACCAUUACCAGUACCCAUUUUGAUACUAUGUCUGCACCAAUCUAUAUAU